AUGCGACCGGUGACGCGUCCGGGCGGGGGACGAUCGGCGCGGCGGCGGCGUGUUCGGUCGUGUGUGUGGGCGUCGGAGGCGCGCGGCGCGCGUGUUCGAUGCUCCCGGCGCCUCCGCCGCGCGUCCCGUCGAGGCGACGGAUCGCGAAAAUCUGCGCAUUUUUUUUCCGCCAGCUUGGCCGUCUUCGACGCUGACCGCCCCGCGCCCCUCCCGCCCACGCAGGUCGCAGCCAUGACCGAGGUGAACACCACCACCAGCUCGCCCCUCGUGGGCGCCAUCGGCAAGAUCAAGGAGUCCGCCAUGCACGUCUUCUCCCAGAGGAAGCCCAUGAGCGAGAUCCUGGACAGGACCGCGUACCAACGGCCGGCGUCCUUCUCCGAGGCGACCGGCCGCAUGUCAAAGAACAUGAACUACUUCAAGAUCAACUACGUGCUCUUCACCGCCGCGGUGCUCGCGGCGUUUAUCCUGUACAACCCGACGUCGCUCAUCAUCCUCUCCCUCGUGGGCGCCGCGUGGACGUACGUGUACCUCAUUCGCACGGAGCCGCUCAAGAUUGGCGACCGGCCGGUCUCCGAGCGGGAGAAGCUGCUCGGCAUGAGCGGCGCGAGUCUGUUGGCGGUGUUUUUCAUGUCGUCGGCCGGGAGCAUCAUCUUCCAGGCGUUUGGCGUCGCGCUGCUGUGCAUCGGCGCGCACUCCGCCGCGAGGGUGCCGGACGACCUGUUCAUCGACGAUGCGAACAGCGAGGGCGGGUUCUUCUCCUUCCUGCAGCCCCCGCGGCCGGGCAUCACCGGCUCAGUCGCGUAGAGAUGGAUCCGGUCGACGACGAUUUGAUUCGCGGCGUCGAUGGGGAGGAGGGCGGUGUUGGAGUAAUACACGGGGCGCGCCCGACGGGAGAACGGAGGGCGGUGGCAUCAUAGGAGGAGGCUCGCUUCAGCGUUGAAUGAGAGGGGCGCGCGACGGGCGUCGUCGCGCCGGACACAUAACCACACAACAAAGUAGGAAACGCGCGGGUUCGCAUUGUGUAAAAACCAAAAAAGGACUCGGCGCCGAGCGGAAAGCAUACCCGAGGAGACCUCUCCUCCUCCUGUUACAACGCUAGCGAUAUGUGU